AGAAUGGCCUUAACAGCCACUUCCGAAGAUUCUGCGCGUGCACAGAUCAACUAUGUUGAACAGGGCAUUAGUGAGUGCAGGAAGAAUGCACACAAACUGGACAGAGAAAUUGAUAAGGUCAAGAGUGACAUAGAGAAAGGCUUCAGGAUGGAGGACGGUCCUUUCAUCAUAGGCCUCGACAGAGCUCUCAAAAGCUUCAAUGUCCAACGUGAAGCCUACUAUGGUGGGACGUUUGUAUGUUCAUAGGUGUCAAGGCUGAAAACAUCAACACACUGUGUCAAUCUUUGGUGAUAUUGGCAG